AUGAGGAAAGGAAAGGAGGAAGUGAUACAAAUGAUUGUUAAUAUAACAUCUUUCUCUCAUAUUUUUGGUGUGAAAUAUUCGGUGAGACAAAGACGCAUCAAUGCACCGGCUGUAAAGAGAGCUAUUGGUACUAUAUUAUCCAAUGCGAAGCUUGAUGCUGAUGCUUUAAAUGCUGAACUCUCCGUCGCACGGCAACAAGGAUUUAGUUUUUUGGAUGGUUUAAAUGAUCUGAGUAUUGUAAGCGAAGAUUCAUUUGCUCUGAGUAGUCAAGGCGAUCGCAUCGAGCUCAGUAAAGAAGAAGAACGAUUGCAGUUAAGGGAAGAGGAGGAGAUGAACGAUGAUCCAACAUGUGAGCUGCGACAUACAGAAAUAACUGUAAAAGAUUUUAGGUUGGCCGGUAGGCAUACAUUCUCAUCGGUUUUGGCCCAACUUCCAUCGUAUUUGGCGGGGCGAACAGCUGAUGAUCUCAGUCCUAUAAAUGCAUUCUCAGUGCUUUUGCAUCUUUGUAACGAAAAUGUUAGUAAUUUUAAUACUCGAAUUCAAGCGAAGAAUUUGGAGCUUCUGCAACGUAGGGAUGGUCAUGGUUUGAUAAUGCCAACAGAAAUGGGUGAUUUCACGAUAAUAUCCGCUCGGCAAAACAGGGUGAAUCGUAAACGUACUGCCUCUGAAUGUCGAUAA